CCAGCAGUAAGGAAUUAUCAUUAAGUUUUCAUCUUAACUAUUAAUCAUUUAUUCAAUAAAGUUUUGCUUUGUCUGAUAAUCGUAUAAAGAUUAAAUAUUACUGUGCAGAUUUCUAUGCAAUUUUUUUUCUAUUUAAGGCAUUUAUGGAAUGAUAAGGACAUCAAAAGUUAAUUUAAAUGUCUUCUUUCGUGAGAGUUUUAUAUGAAUUCGCUGGGGAGGCAGGUUCCACCGAAAUCUCCAUUUCGGUUGGAGAAAUAUUAACCGUUACCAGAACUGAUGUAGGUGAAGGCUGGUGGGAAGGCAAAAAUAGUCGCGGUGAAAUAGGUCUCUUCCCAGCUGCCUACGUUGAGGUAAUGUCCGCGGCGGACGUUAAACAACAGCAACAAAGAACGACGGUAGAAGCGCAGAGUACACCUAAUCGAUAUGACCAAACGGCCGAUGAAUAUAAUGAUGGCGAUGAGUGGGAAGAUGAUUGGGACGAAGAUAACGACACUUAUUCAGAAAUAGUUCCACAUAACCCUUCAAAUAAUCAAGUGAACUCCGCCUUACAUUCCACCAAUGAUUAUGACAACAAGUAUUUACCAACAAUUCCUGGUGAUGAUACGUCCCAAUCACUGGUUUUAAAUGCAAAUAACAAUCCUACGACAUUGAAAAAGUCCAGUAUGUUUGGUAAGAGUUCCGAUUCCUUUAUUCUUGGAGUGGGCAACAAAGACAGAAUACCAGAUAAUGAACUCGUAUUAAUCGUACCUUUGGACAAUUUAUACCAAUGGCAACCAAGUCAUCAACAUUACACAGUUGUGGUUGCCAGCCCUAAAAAAGAAUCAAAAUUUAAAGGAAUGAAAACUUUCAUAGCCUACCAGUUAACUCCGAGCUUUAACAAUAUUUCCGUUUCACGUAGAUACAAACAUUUUGAUUGGCUUCAUGAGAGGUUGGUUGAGAAGUUUUGUUUGAUUCCCAUUCCACCACUGCCCGAUAAGCAGAUAUCUGGUAGAUAUGAAGAACAAUUUGUUGAACAUCGUCGUGUUCAGCUACAAGAAUUUGUCGAUUGGGUUUGCCGUCAUCCCGUUUUAUCAAAAUGCGAAGUUUGGUAUCAUUUUUUAACAUGUACGGAUGAAAAGAUUUGGAAAUCUGGAAAACGAAAAGCAGAACGUGACACAUAUGUGGGAAUUACGUACUGUUGGGCUAUAUCGCCACCAGAAAAGCAGCUUUUGCAAUCGUAUGUGGACACACAAAUGGACAGUUGUUCCCAGUUCAUUCACGCAAUGGAUACAGCAAUACGGAAUUUAUUAUCCAUAUCGAACGAUGUUGUAAAACGCUAUCAAACACAAAUUAAAAAGGAAUAUCAAAGAAUAGGAGAAGGUUUAUCUGAUCUAUCGCGAGCUCUUUUAAUUGAUGAGAAGCGUGCUCCGUCUAGGAAUGGAAAUGCAUUAUCAGAAAAUGUAGCCAGAAUCGGUGAUAUAUUCAGCGGGAUUGGUGUGCAAUUUGGAGAGCAACCAAAAUUAGAUUGGAUACCAUUUUCUGAUCGCUUGCAUAUAUAUAGAGGCAUCCUGAACAGCUUUCCCGACAUUCUGACGACCCAUAAAGGAGCCAUGCAAAAGAAAAAAGAUUGCGAACGUUUAGCGGCCGAACAAAAAAUGAGCAAUACGCAAUUGGCUGAGGUGAAUAGACGAGUGGAUAUCGUAUCGUAUGCCAUUAUUGCUGAAAUUACGCACUUUCGAUUCGAACGAGAAACACAUUUGAAGCAAACAUUGAAAUUGUUAAUUGAGGAACAAAUCAAAUUUUAUUCGAGUAUUGUCAGCAGGUUGGAAGACGCUUACAAGGAAAUUGAAUAAAGCGCACACAAGCAGUAACUGGAAUUGCAAUCAUAAAAUAUUAUCGUUUUCAGUCGAACAUUCUAAAUGUGUUAUAAAAUUAUAAGAAUUGGCAUACGUUAGUGGCAUACAUACAUACAUAGGUGUUUAUGUACAAAUAUUGAUUUAUAUGUAUAUAAAGUUAUGUGUACAUUGUGCAUUGUAAACUGCAAUAAUUAUUGGACGGAAAGCUAUAUAUGAGACAAUUUUGAAUAAUGAAAUCAAUCGAUGUUAAUAAUCAAUAUUUUAAAAUGUCGAAAAAUAAAGUACCACUUGGUUAAUAUUUGUGACAGCACAAAUUUUUCGAACAGGGAAAGAAAUA